ACAGAGAAGUUGUUCUUUUGGAUCUUCUGCUCACCUGCUGAAAUUUAUAUUCUCCUUAAUGUGAAGCGAUUUUGUUACAGGUGUUGAUUCUUUGGACGAAGGACGACUAUCAGUCCGAUGGCGGCUCUGUCUGAGAACAUGCUGACAGUCAACAUGUUACUGAGUCUCUUCUUUCUUCCAGGGACUUUGGCUGAUGACUGUGGAAACAAUAAACCUGCCCUCAAGAUCAUUACACCGAAUAACAUGGAAGCUCUGUCUGGAUCUUGUUUGCAAAUCCCAUGUACCUAUAACACAGAUAAUCCUACAUAUGACAGCAGUAAAACAAUCAAUGGAAUUUGGAUGAAAGGUGGUGUAAAUUAUGGCACAGAUAGAAGUAAUGUUAUUUUCGACAGCAGUGGGUCAAUUAACACCUUUUCACUCAAUAUUACUGGAAACCUGAAAGAGAAAAACUGCACCACUCUGUUUCCCAAUCUAACAACAAGUCAUACAGACAAAUACUUCUUCAGAGUUGAGAACGGUGUCUACAAGGCAUCAGCUUGUGCUGAUCCUCUUCAAAUUACAGUUAGAGAAUCUCCCUGGAGACCCAGGAUUAAUAUCUCUGAUGGUGACCUGAAGGAGAAUCAGUCUGUCACUAUAACCUGCUCAGCUUCAACUCCGUGUCCACACUCACCUCCUGAACUCACCUGGAAUCUCCAACAAGACUCUCUCAGACAAACAGAGAAAAACACAGAUGGAACCUUUACAACUAAAAUCCAGGAGAACAUCACUCUGUCAGACACACAUGAUGGAUACAACAUCAGCUGUUCUGCCGGAUAUCCUGUGAAAGGAAGAAUCAAGACAGCAGAGACAGAAGUGACUCUUAAUGUUUCAUAUGCUCCUAGAAACACCUCAGCAUCCAUCAGUCCAUCAGGUUUGGUGUCAGCAGGUAGCAGGGUGGAGCUGAACUGCUCCAGCAGAGCCAAACCUCCACCCAGCUUCACCUGGUUCAGGAACAACAAAGAUGGAGCCAUUAAUGUGUCUGUGGGGCCAGUUUACGGCUUGAAUGUUACUGAAAGAGGAGAGUUUUACUGUGUGGCUACAAAUGAUCUGGGUAAUCAGACAUCCUAUGUGAACAUUAACAUUGAAGGUCCUUCAACAAAAGCAGAUUUUCCCACUGUGCCAAUGGCAGUGGGACUAUCUGUGGCCAUCAUUGUGGGUUUAUGUCUGGUUUUAACUUAUUGUUGUUUUAAGGCCAAACAAUCUUCUCCUCAACAGACUCAGAGUCAAACAGGCGUUGAAGCUGAUGUUCAGGUAUCAGACGACAAAGAAACAAAAGGAGAAGUUCAUUAUGGAGAAGUGAACAUCAUAAAGAAGUCACCUGAAGCUUCCUCUUUGCCAGUGCCGGACGGCGAACAGACGUCGGUGUACGCUCAGGUCAAAGUGCCAAUGGCAGAGAAAUCCACAACACAGACUGCUGAGAGUCCAGAGAAUCUCUACGCUCAAGUGAAGAAGGAUUAAUGUUCGUUUGUACGAUAAAAUCAGGAUUUAUUUGUGCAAUAAGUAAGAUCUUGUCAGACAUGGUAGACAUGUUUUUCUGAAUGUGCUCAUCCUUAGUUUAAUUGUUCUGAGGCUUUUGAUUUCAUACUUUGUAAAGAUCUCAGUUAUUUUGUACUUGUUUUAACAGUGAGAUCUGCAGAUGGAUCUCCUUGUCAUGAAAUGAUUUUUGAAAAGAAAAAAAGUGUUAAAAGCAGAGAAUAAUUUAUUUCCUUCUCAUUUAAACUUUCCUAAAAACUGAAGGUUAAUUUAAGACUGUGUGUGUGUUUAUGUUUUAUGGCUUGCUAGAGUGUCAACCAUAACAUUUUCAGUUUAUCACCUGCUGGUCACAGAAAAACGUGUUGAAAUAAAAAUGUGACCAAACUAAUUCAAGUAAGUUUGUAAAAGUAAUUAUUUUCACAGGAGCUACUCUAGUGUGGCACCUCUUACAGAAAUAUAACUGAUAUAAAAGUUAAUGACUCUUUUUGUCUGGUUAGAACAGAAAAUAGGCUGGGCAGCCAUGCCGUGGUAGCUACGUCAUACUUCCUGUAGGCCAUAGGAAUUGAAUGCAGACAGUGUUUGGGUAGCAUAGCGUUAGAUCUAGUUACAAUAGCGUUAGAACUAGUUACAUUAUGACGGGUUUCUUGAUCAGACAUUUGCAUAGUGUUUACAUAGGUUUUGUAGCAGUGGAGCCUUUAUGUAAUAUGUAGUGUGUCUGACCUGUGACAGUCAGAGAGCCUCUCUGGCAGCCUGGCCUAAAAGUGGAGCUCACAUGAAACCCACCAUAGAGUCAGACGUGCUGCAGUAUGAUUUAUCUAAACGAAACUCCCCUUAUUUGACAUCGAAACCAAGACCAGGUCUUACAUUCUUCCAACAAGCUUUGAAAAGGAAUGCUGGUAGCCAUUUUGCAGACUUUAUUUUUAAAUAUAUUAUUGAAUGUUUUUGUAUCUUUGCUUUGGUCAAAUGUGACGUGUAAUAUUUCUCCUGAGCUUGGCAUUUGAGUUCUUCUCCACUCUUCUUAUUCAACAAGUUUAUUAGAAUUGUUAUUUACAUUUCUCUCUCUCUACUAGAUUUGUUUAUUUUUUGGUAACAGAAUAUGCAUCAACUUAAAUUUGAGAAAGGUUUCAAACCUUUUUAUCGCCUUCUUUACACAUUUUUGAAUGGGGUGAGCAAAUGUUUUAUAUCUGAAAAACAGAAUGAAUCAUAAGAAACUCAUUCAUUAUUUUCUGUACCAAUUUCCUGCUGUUUGCUCUGCCAGAGCUCUGGAACCUUUGCAAGAGAUGCCAACAAGGUGGGGCACUUUGCAGUAAUUUACUGUGAGUAAAAGUGAUUACCUUGAUAAAAGUAAAAGAUGAAUAAACAAAAGUUAAA